CAUCCAAACAGAUCUUCAAUCAGAAUCAUGCAGAUCUUUGUGAAAACCCUGACAGGUAAAACCAUUACCUUGGAGGUUGAGCCAUCAGACACAAUAGAAAAUGUGAAGGCUAAAAUACAGGACAAAGAAGGCAUCCCUCCUGACCAGCAGAGAUUAAUUUUUGCUGGCAAACAACUUGAAGACGGACGCACACUAUCAGACUACAACAUUCAGAAAGAAUCUACUCUUCAUCUGGUUUUAAGACUUAGAGGAGGUAAUUUUUGUUUCCAGCAUGAUUCUUUUGAACUAACAUUCAUUAUUCUAUUUCAAAGUUUGCAAUAUAAGAACCAAUAUGAUAAUUGUAGUUGACCUUUCUUUACAUGUUACUUAAAUGUUAGCUUAAGGAUACUUUCUAAACCUGUUGACAGUUGGAUGUGUAGGGUUGUGUUCAGGUCAACAUUCUAGAAUAUAUUUUUUAACUGGUUACAAUUAAUUAAAUUACUAAAAACCAUCUACAUUUUAUUAAUUAUAGGUAUGCAAAUCUUCGUGAAGACCCUCACUGGCAAAACCAUCACCCUUGAGGUUGAACCAUCAGACACCAUUGAAAAUGUCAAGGCCAAAAUCCAAGACAAAGAAGGCAUUCCCCCAGAUCAACAGCGUCUGAUCUUUGCUGGCAAACAGCUUGAAGAUGGUCGCACUCUGUCAGAUUACAAUAUUCAGAAAGAAUCAACCCUUCAUCUGGUGCUUCGUCUGAGAGGUGGUAUGCAAAUCUUCGUGAAGACCCUCACUGGCAAAACCAUCACCCUUGAGGUUGAACCAUCAGACACCAUUGAAAAUGUCAAGGCCAAAAUCCAAGACAAAGAAGGCAUUCCCCCAGAUCAACAGCGUCUGAUCUUUGCUGGCAAACAGCUUGAAGAUGGUCGCACUCUGUCAGAUUACAACAUUCAGAAAGAGUCAACCCUUCAUCUGGUGCUUCGUCUGAGAGGUGGUAUGCAAAUCUUCGUGAAGACCCUCACUGGCAAAACCAUCACCCUUGAGGUUGAACCAUCAGACACUAUUGAAAAUGUCAAGGCCAAAAUCCAAGACAAAGAAGGCAUUCCCCCAGAUCAACAGCGUCUGAUCUUUGCUGGCAAACAGCUAGAGGAUGGUCGCACUCUGUCAGAUUACAACAUUCAGAAAGAGUCAACCCUUCAUCUGGUGCUUCGUCUGAGAGGUGGUAUGCAAAUCUUCGUGAAGACCCUCACUGGCAAAACCAUCACCCUUGAGGUUGAACCAUCAGACACUAUUGAAAAUGUCAAGGCCAAAAUCCAAGACAAAGAAGGCAUUCCCCCAGAUCAACAGCGUCUGAUCUUUGCUGGCAAACAGCUAGAGGAUGGUCGCACUCUGUCAGAUUACAACAUUCAGAAAGAGUCAACCCUUCAUCUGGUGCUUCGUCUGAGAGGUGGUAUGCAAAUCUUCGUGAAGACCCUCACUGGCAAAACCAUCACCCUUGAGGUUGAACCAUCAGACACUAUUGAAAAUGUCAAGGCCAAAAUCCAAGACAAAGAAGGCAUUCCCCCAGAUCAACAGCGUCUGAUCUUUGCUAGCAAACAGCUAGAGGAUGGUCGCACUCUGUCAGAUUACAACAUUCAGAAAGAGUCAACCCUUCAUCUGGUGCUUCGUCUGAGAGGUGGUAUGCAAAUCUUCGUGAAGACCCUCACUGGCAAAACCAUCACCCUUGAGGUUGAACCAUCAGACACCAUUGAAAAUGUCAAGGCCAAAAUCCAAGACAAAGAAGGCAUUCCCCCAGAUCAACAGCGUCUGAUCUUUGCUGGCAAACAGCUUGAAGAUGGUCGCACUCUGUCAGAUUACAACAUUCAGAAAGAAUCAACCCUUCAUCUGGUGCUUCGUCUGAGAGGUGGUAUGCAAAUCUUCGUGAAGACCCUCACUGGCAAAACCAUCACCCUUGAGGUUGAACCAUCAGACACCAUUGAAAAUGUCAAGGCCAAAAUCCAAGACAAAGAAGGCAUUCCUCCAGAUCAACAGCGUCUGAUCUUUGCUGGCAAACAGCUUGAAGAUGGUCGCACUCUGUCAGAUUACAACAUUCAGAAAGAAUCAACCCUUCAUCUGGUGCUUCGUCUGAGAGGUGGUAUGCAAAUCUUCGUGAAGACCCUCACUGGCAAAACCAUCACCCUUGAGGUUGAACCAUCAGACACCAUUGAAAAUGUCAAGGCCAAAAUCCAAGACAAAGAAGGCAUUCCUCCAGAUCAACAGCGUCUGAUCUUUGCUGGCAAACAGCUAGAGGAUGGUCGCACACUGUCAGAUUACAACAUUCAGAAAGAAUCUGAGGUGAAACUGUAGGCUCAAAAAGUUUUU